UUCAUUUAGCCAACAUGGCGGAAAGUAGCGAAGAUUCGGGAUCAAAAAUUAAUAUCGCUGUAAAAACUCCAAAAGAAAAGAAAGAUAUUGAAAUCGGAGCAGAUGCGUCGGUAAAAGAGUUUCGUGAAGCUAUUUCAAAAGCAUUUGGUGCACCAGUAGAACAAUUAUGUUUGAUAUUUGCUGGGAAGAUUCUUAAAGAUGAAGAAAAUCUAAAACAGCAUGGAAUCAAGGAUGGAUUAACAGUGCAUUUGGUGAUCAAAUCAGCUAAUAGGUCACAAGAGCAAGCAGCUGAGAGGGCCCAAGCAGCUCCAACCCCAUCUCAAGCUAAUGUGUCUAAUACACCAUUUAACCUUGGAAGCAUGGGAGGUUUACCUGGUCUAGGAGGCCUAGGGAUGGGUUCCUCUAACUUCAUGGACAUGCAGCAGAGAAUGCAAAGAGAGUUAAUGAGCAACCCUGAGUUAUUGCAAAAUAUGAUGAACAAUCCCAUGGUCCAGUCAUUGAUGUCCAACCCAGAAGUGAUGAGGCAGUUAAUCACAAGCAAUCCACAGAUGAGAGAGUUGAUGGAGAGAAAUCCUGAAAUCACUCAUAUGUUGAAUAAUCCAGAACUAAUGAGACAGACAAUGCAGUUGACUAGGAACCCUGCCAUGAUGCAGGAGCUAAUGAGACAGCAGGACCGGGCUAUGAGCAAUUUAGAAAGCAUUCCAGGCGGUUUUGGUGCACUCCAGCGGAUGUACCAAGAGAUUCAAGAACCCAUGCUGAAUGCUGCUCAGUCCAUGGGGAGGGGGAACCCUUUUGCUGCACUCUCUGGACAAAGUCAAGAGAGUAGUGGGACACAGCAGCAAGGACAGGAAAACACAGACCCCUUGCCUAACCCCUGGGUACCACAGUCACCAGGGAGCACCAGUAUAGGCACCACUGGUAGCACCACCACUACCACAGGUACCACAGCAGGAAAUGCUCUAGGAUCAAACCCAGUAUUUAAUACCCCUGGCAUGCAGAGCCUGAUGAGCCAAAUGACACAGAAUCCCCAGCUCAUGCAAAACAUGUUACAGGCACCUUAUAUGCAGAGCAUGCUUCAGCAUCUCUCUGCUAACCCUGAAUUGGCGUCACAAAUUAUGUCUCAGAGCCCUAUUUUUGCUGGCAAUCCGCAGUUACAGGAGUACACCAGACAACAGCUUCCGAUUUUUUUGCAACAGAUGCAGAAUCCAGAAGUACAAAAUGUUAUGACAAACCCCAGAGCACUUCAAGCAAUCAUGCAGAUUCAGCAAGGAUUACAGACUCUACAGGCUGAGUCCCCUUCACUUCUCCCAGGCAUGGGUUUAGCAGGGGCAGUACCACCCCCCAUGACAAUACCAGGGUCAACUAACAGUGGCACAACUGGUUCAAGUACGGUAACAACAUCAACAACAUCAACAACUGCCACAACAGCAACAAGUGGUACCAUGCCCACUACAUCGCCAGGAGCCCCGGCCAACACUGCCACGCCCUCUGGUGGUCUGCCAGGGCAGGGGGGUGCCGAUCCCCUGGGUGGGUUCAUGGCGCAGAUGCUAGGAAUGAUGGCACAAGGGCAAGGAGGAGGGGCUGAUUUGAAUACUGCCCCAGAGCAGCGGUAUGCCUCACAACUGGAACAACUUGCUGCAAUGGGUUUUAUAAACAGGGAGGCAAAUAUACAAGCAUUAAUUGCCACAUAUGGGGAUGUGAAUGACGCUAUAGACAGGUUGCUGCAGCAAAGAGGAAACUGAUGGAUGACGCAGCCAUCAUGGACUAUUCGUUAAGCCAUUUCCAAGAAAUGACUACAAGGAGAAAACAUAAUCCUUGACAUUCGACUUGAAAAACAAAUAAAGAGCCUCACAUACAGUCAAAAUAGAAGGGAUGGGAAUCAUCCAAAAUAGCGCACAACAACACUGUUGUGCAUUACAUCAUUCAAGACUAGAAAUGGGCAAAAAUGUGCAAGAUAUGGGACUAAACUUCCAACAUUAAGGGUGAAACACUCUGUGCUGAGAAUGUUGUCUUUUGAAGCAAUACAAAAGAAACACGCUACGUAAACAUGGUGGAUAUGUACUGUUGUGCAAAAGCCUGUUUUUCUACAGAGCAAAAUCCCCCCCCCCCCCCAAAAAAAAUAAAAAAUACUAUAUGAAUUCUGUCAGCUUUUUUCCUUGAGACACUGCACUCUCUUGUGUGUCAUUAUUUCUGACCCCUCUCUUCAAAUCCCCUGAAUUCUCUUUAAGUCACAACACUUUGGACUAUCUUGGACGAUUCCCAUGAAGUUUUAAAAACAAAGUAUUUUCAUAUGAAGUGAGGAAAUUAAAUUUAGUAAUGCAUGAGAAAUAAGUGGAAAAGGAACCGAUGUGUGAAAAAGUGAUGUCAUAGGAUAUUUCUACUAUCUUUAUGAGUGUAAUCUCUGAAGUGCUCCACACACCCUGGCAAGAUUGAGCUUGAAAAACUGGGACAAUUCUUUCAUUUAUUAAUGAGUUUUUCAUUGGUUUAAAGUCAGAAUUUAAAAGGUAGAAGGUAUUAAGCUGCAAAUUCACUACCAUAGGGAGAUGAUAUUAGAUACAGAUAGGCUUUUGAAAUGCAAAUAUUAUCAGUCCAGUGAUAGAGACGUAUUCAUUAAUUAUUUUCAUCCCCAUGGUUAAUAAACAAUAGAAAUAACAUACAUGCAUCCUGGUAUUUUUAUUGCAUUGUGCGAGGAAUUCAGCUUUUUAUGUGAUAUUAUAGUGUUCCUAUUGUUGUGGUAUCUAUAUUAUUUCUUCUUUGGCAUUCAUCAAUAAACAAUCAAUCAAUAAACAAAAUUUAAUGAUCAGUAGCACAGAUAUUGUUAAAAUAACUCCUUUUUUGUCAACUGCAACUAUACUAAUGGUCAGUUCACUAAUAAAUAAAGGUGUAGGCAUUGU